CUGCCGUUAAAACCACCAAAGAAGAAGAAGAAGAAGAAGAAGAAGAAGAAGAAGUUUGUUUACCGCCAGUUCAAAAUGGAGCCGAACCCGGAGGAUCCUCCGUCACUAACGGCAGCGUUACUUUACUCCGUGCUGAGCCUGAAUGUCCCUCCGUCGGUCGGUAACCAGAUGUUCGAGCUGUACCGGGUCCAGACGGCCCUGCUGAGGCGGAGGAGGGUCCGGGAGAGGAUGGAGCAGGACCGGCGGCGGCGGCAGUACCUCCGGAGGAGGAGGGCGUUCAUUCUGUCCUCCAUCACCGCGAUCCUGAGCCUCAUCACCACCACCACCAACAGACACGUCUGGGUCCUGAACCGGAGCCCCGGGCAGACCUUCUGGUCUUCAGCCGAAUCGUUUGACGAUGAGGAGUGGAAGGCGCAGUUCCGUGUGUCCCGGGACACCUUUGACUACCUGCUGGAGCGGAUCGGACCGGCCAUCAAACGCCGCAGGACCAACUACCGGGUCCCGAUCGAGCCGCGCCGCAGACUGGCCAUCACGCUGUGGUGGUUCGCCCGGUCCGGGGAGUACCGCUCCAUCGCCAGCAUGUUCGGGGUGGGGAUAGCGACCGUGUGUGUCAUCGUGCGGCAGGUGAUCUCAGCCAUACUGGACCGGCUGUACCGGCGCGUCGUGUCGCUGCCGAGCGGACAGCGGCUGGAGGACACCAUCAGGGCCUUCAAGGACCGCUGCUACCCGCAGUGUGCCGGGGCCAUCGGCGGGACUCACAUCCCCAUCGCCCCACCGAGGGACAACCCGGACGACUACCUGAACAGGAAGGGGUGGCACUCAGUGAUCCUGCAGGCUGUGGUGGACCACAACAUCUGUUUCACUGACGUGUAUGCUGGCUGGCCUGGAAGUACGAGCAGCUCCACUGUGCUCUCCAGCUCAGACCUGUACUUGAAAGCAGAGGACCGCCCUGAUGGUUACUUGUUCCCCAGACAGAGGUCGGUCAUGUCUGAUGGAGUGGAGAUCCCCAUCCACCUGAUCGGUGAUGCGUCGUUCCCUCUAAAGCCGUGGCUCAUGAAGGGAUACUGCCAGGAACACCAGCUGUCUCCUGAGCAGCGUCGCUUCACCUACACCCUCAACUCCGCCCGCUCCGUGGUCGACACCGCAUUCACGCGGCUGAAAGGACGCUGGAGGUGCCUGCUGAAAAAGAGCGACAUCGACGUCUCCAUGAUGCCCAGAGUUGUGGCCGCGUGCUGCGUUCUGCACAACAUCUGUGAAAUCAGAGGGGACAGUUUCCUCCCUGAGUGGAACUUUGAGAUUGCUCCUUCUGGUAAUUAUCUAAGACAGCCUGAAACAGAACCGUACGAAGGAGACACGUACUGCACUGCUGAGGUCAUCAGAGACAUUGUGACUUAUAACCUGUUGACGAUACUGCAGUACUGAAGGUGUGACUGCAGCUCAGACAAAAGACUUGAUGUCAUUUAUCCAACACUGGUCACUUGAUUUAUUUUAAAAGCACUAGAUCUCCAGGGGAUCUGGAGUCAGUACAUAAAGCAACUUAGUCUGCCUCUUACUUGGUCACCUGUCUCCACUGAGUCUGACAUCAGUGACCCUGGAUAUUACCCGGUAUCAUGAAGCUGGGUAUCAACUUCAGACCUUCAUCAUCAGAACCAUGAAUCAAGCACUUACUAUGAUAUGAGAUAAAACAGUGAUACCUGCAGGGGAAUUCUGUUACAGCAACAGAAAACAAGUGAUACUCAGUGAGGUGAAACAUAAACAAUAUUAUCACUAGAGUAAAAUAAGAAGAUGCAGAAAGAUCUGCUGAGGCAGAAAGAAGCUUCAGUGACGCCUAAAGCCCUGGUUUCACACCUCAAUGUCACAAUCCCAACAGCACGGCUGUUUGUCAUGUUCACACAGAGUGAUCAGAAAACUUGGACAAAAUGAAACUGUGCUGAAAAUUUGUCAGUUACUGAUCAGCAUUAUGCACAUUUUGGGUCAUUUUAGAAUUCAUAAGCUAGGAUGGAUUUUUUUAAAAACUUACGUUAAGCUACUUUUAUUGGGAAAAGCACAUUUGCCCCUGUUAUAUUUACAUUACAUUGUAUGUUUUCUUAUUGUGCAAAUGAACCUUUCUCAAAGCGUUUUCAUAUUUCUUGUUGCAGGCUACAUUUUUAUCAAAAUUAUGCUUUCAAAAAGUGGUGGGGACAGGGUGUCUGCAGGUCCUUUAAAUGUCUCAAAAUUUCUGAAAUUCAAUUUUAUAAAUAUAAGGCCUUUAAAGUCAUUAAAUAUUCUUAAAUUGUAAUUUAAUGCAAUGUAAUUGCCACAAACAUUUAUCUUAUUUAAUUAAUCCAUUUUAAUUUCUUUUGGUUAAAUGAGUCAAGCUUUUCUGUGUUUAAGUCCACAUUUAUGUCACAAAUCCUUGUAAACCUACCACUGAACCUCAUACUGUCUUUUUACUUUGUACUUGCACUUAUCUGUUGGAAAAAAAUGUAUUAACCUAACUCACUCUAAUAAUCACAUUCCUACAUAAAAUCUACCUCUGCACAGGA